GCACACACCUUGAUUGCUCACGUGUCAGACGCGGUGAUUUCGAACGAUCACUGUAUUACUAGUAUAUUUCUUAUUUAAGCAGAAGUUUUAAGCUGCAUCGUUCAGUUUCACUCUCAUCGCAUAUUUGAUUUAUACUUCUCUCGUCUCAUCUGUGAAAUACAAGCCUGCGUAUGAUAUUUCCUACUUUACCAAAUACAAACGAAUAUCCCAGCUCUGGGGAAAAGAUUCAUGCUCCGCAAAAGAAGAUGGAAUUUCAUCUACCGUUUCUACCAGAACUUCAGAUGGUAAUCGCAGCCGUGGGACUGAUCAGCGGCGUGCUCACGGUUGACGGCGCCGUUAAUUCGGUGGGGCAGCCCGGUGAUGAUCCGGUUGAGGGUGAAAUACACUUUAUUGCGUUGUUUCCGGGCGGAACCUGGGAGGGCUUAGAAAUCGCAGGACGUAUGGCUGUUGACGAUAUCAACUCCAAUCCAAACAUCCUCAAGAACUACACUCUUGUCAUGCACGUUGACUAUACCAAUCCCACGAGUCCAAACAAACCAAACCAGGGUUUAGCUGCAUCAGCCUUCUACCAGAGUCUGUACAACGGUCCUCCUAAAUCAUUCCUGAUUGGUGGUUUCUACUCCGAAGACUCCGGGAUCCUCUGCGAAACAGUCAAGUAUUGGAAUGUUAUUCAGAUUUCGUAUGGAGCUGCCUCUCCCCUACUGAGCGAUCGUGUGAAGUGCCCCUCGUUCUAUCGCAUACCCCAGUCCGCCGCUCAACAGAACGUACCUCGUUUACUACUGCUCAGCAUGUUCGGUUGGGACCGCGUUGCCAUCAUACGUCACAGUAACGUCUUGUUUACCGCGACGAUGGAUGAUCUCCGAGAGAGGCUGGUGGCAGACAACUUCAAUAUCGUUGCCAACGAGCUCUUUGACGAGGAUCCCUCAUUUGCAUUGAAUUACAUCAAGGGAAAAGAUGCGAGAAUUAUUAUUGGCCUUUUCUGGGAACCAGAAGCAAGAAAGAUCUUUUGUGAGGCUUAUAAACUUGGAAUGACUGGUGAGAGGUAUGCCUGGAUUCUUCGAGGUAUAGGAUACGUGAAUCGCCAGUUUCUGACCCAGGAUGACCCCUCCGUCUCGUGUACAGCCGAAGAGAUGAUCACUGCUGGUCAGACAGCAAUUAUACCAAAUUGGGUCUUCCACACAGACUAUCCGGGUAUUACAAUUAGCGGAGAGACUGCCGCGGAAAACGAGGAACGUUAUAGAGCAGUCGCAGGGAAUAAAUUCAUGUCAUUUUAUACCUAUCCUUACGAUGCUGUGUUUGCUAUGGCAGCGGCCAUGAAUUCUUCCAUAGACAUCCUUGAACAAGUGAAUAAAACCUUGGAUAAUUUCAAUUAUGACGACGUGGAGAUGCGAGACAUUAUCAUGGAUCAACUCGAUAAGUUGGAUGCGGAAGGGGUUUCGGGCCCGCUAGCAUUUGAGAACGGAGAUCGGCUCGGGAGAUUUAUCAUCGAGCAAGUAUGGGAUGGCGAACCGAGAACCGUCGGGUAUUACUACGACAACGACAAUCGCUUCGACUGGUCUGGAGAGCACAAUAUAUCCUGGAUCGGAGGGAAUCCACCCCAUGAUGAAAUUUUCUUUGAGAGUGAGCUUCUUACAAUGCCCAGGAGUGUAUACGCAGCUAUCAGUGUCUUAUCAUAUUUAGGUAUCAUCUUAGCUAUUGCUUUCCUGGCGUUCAACGUAGCACUCAGGAACCAAAGGUUUGUUUCCGAUAACAUUAAUUAA